AUGCCACGAAGUUUAAGGAAUCGAGGUCCUGAUGAUUCGAAUCCCGAUGAAAUUACAGAUGAAAAUGGUGUUACUCACACUACAACAAGAUCAUUAAGAAGAAUCAAUUAUGCAGAGAUGGACAAUAUAUUUGAUGAUGACGAUGACGAUGACCUUGUAGAACCCACGCCAGAAGUGGAUAAUGAUGCAACUGUACCCAUUGCAGAGCAACCAAAUCUCUCAUUGCCCUUUGAUAUCAAUGAUAUUGAAGUGCCUACAAAUACUACCAUUAACAAUGCUGACUAUGGCAAUGAUGACGAUGAUGAGUACGAUGAGGAUAUCGCCAAUAAUGGAAAACGAAAUUUAAGGAAAAGAAAACAGGCGCAUUACGAUGAUGACGAUGAAAGUUUCCACGAAGAGGAAUUGGAUGAUGACUUGGAAGAAGAUGAUGACGAUAAUGAUUUAGAUGAUGAAUAUAGUGAAGGUUAUAACAAUAGGGAUUCAAAGAGAAGACUGGUUGCUGAGCAGAAUAGAGAGGAUAGAAAUUUUGUGGUUCCUGAUCCUGACGAUGAAGGAGGGUCGAUGGUAGAUGAAGAUGAUGAUGAAGCUUUAUAUUAUUCUAAUAGAAGACGAACAGCUAGAAAAAAUAAAAAAAGGCAUAUUCAACAAACAGAGACUCCACCUAGAAGAAACCUUAGAAGUACUUCAAUGAGGGGACAUACUCCAGAGGCUCAAACUGAUGAAGAUGGUUAUAAUGCUAAACAUGUUACUUUAGCAGAUGAAAUUAGAGAAUUACAAGAAGAUAGUCCAAUUAAUGAAAAAAGAUCAUUGCGUGAAAGAACGAAACCCGUAGACUAUACUAUCCCACCUUUGUUAUCAGCUGCAACAGCGGAAGAAUAUUUAGAAAGACCAAAACCAGGAUCAUUUGUGAAUGUCUCUCCAGCUCGUCGUGGUGGUAGGAGUUGGAAUUCAGGUGGUCCAGUAAGAAGGUUAUUUCCAACAGGAGGUCCAUUCGGUGGUAAUGAUGUCACUACAAUCUUUGGACAAAAUACAAAUUUUUAUGGGAAUACAAACGGUACAUCUGCACUAAAUAGAAAUGAUCAAAAUAACAAAUUGAUCCUGGAUUCAGAUUCAUCAGACGAUGAAAUAUUGCCAUUAGGUGCCACUCCAAAAGAAAAGAAGGAAAAUCCAUUAAAGAAAACGAAAAAGAAACCUGAAAUUGCAGAUUUAGAUCCACUUGGUGUAGAUAUGAAUAUCACUUUUGAUGAAGUGGGUGGUUUGGAUAAUUAUAUUGAUCAACUGAAAGAAAUGGUGACUUUACCAUUACUUUAUCCUGAAUUGUAUCAAAAUUUUAAUAUCAUGCCUCCAAGAGGUGUUCUUUUCCAUGGUCCUCCAGGUACAGGUAAGACUUUAAUGGCGAGAGCAUUAGCUGCAAGUUGUUCCUCGGAAUCGAGAAAGAUUACUUUCUUUAUGAGAAAAGGUGCCGAUAUUUUAUCCAAAUGGGUAGGUGAGGCUGAAAGACAAUUAAGAUUAUUAUUUGAAGAAGCAAAGAAACAACAACCAUCUAUCAUUUUUUUCGAUGAAAUCGAUGGUUUAGCACCAGUGAGAUCUUCAAAGCAGGAGCAAAUCCAUGCCAGUAUUGUUUCCACUAUGUUAGCUUUGAUGGAUGGUAUGGACAAUAGAGGUCAAGUUAUAGUUAUUGGUGCUACAAAUAGACCAGAUGCGGUGGAUCCAGCUCUUAGAAGACCAGGUAGAUUUGAUAGAGAAUUUUAUUUCCCACUACCGGAUGAAAAAGCUAGGGCUACUAUUUUGAAAAUCCAAACAAAAAAAUGGAAUCCACAGUUACCAGAAAAGUUGGUCGAUGGACUAGCUAAAUUAACAAAGGGUUAUGGUGGUGCUGAUUUGAGGGCUCUUUGUACAGAAGCUGCCCUGUCAAGUAUUCAAAGAAAGUAUCCACAAAUUUAUAGGAGCAACGAUAAACUCUUAGUAGACCCGAAGAAAAUCCGUGUUAAUCACAAGGAUUUCAUGUUUGCAUUAAAAAAAAUUGUUCCUUCGUCUGCUAGACAGACUGGUAGUGUUGCUGAGCCUUUACCGAAAUCAGUAAUGCCACUAUUAGAGAAACAGUUUAGUAGUAUUAAAACAGUUUUGAACGGUAUACUUUCUGAUGAAAGAUCUAGUAAAUCUGAUAAAGCUACGACGAUACAGCACUAUAUUGAUUACGAAGAUUCUGACUCCGAAACGGAAAGUACAACAAUCGGUGGAAUUAAUAAGUAUGAAAUACUUGAUCAGAUUAGAGAAUCUCAGAUAUGUAAUCCAAGAAUGCUGAUUACUGGUUCUCAAGGGAAUGGGCAACAGUAUAUAGGUGCCGCAAUUUUAAAUCAUCUUGAGCAUUAUAAUGUACAAAAAUUAGAUUUAGGAAGUUUAGCAUCGGAAAGUAAUAGGUCUAUUGACGCUGCCAUUGUUCAAGGUUUUAUAGAGGCGCGUAAAAGACAACCUUCUAUUAUUUUUAUUCCAAAUAUUGAUAUUUGGGCCAGAUCUAUUCCGACAAGCGCAUUGUCUACUUUGGCUAGUUUAGUUAGAUCAUUGAAGAGUAAAGAGAAAAUAUUGUUAUUAGGUUUAGCUGAUACUCCUGCAGAAGAAUUAAGUUACGAUGAAACUAUUUCCCAGUUAUACUUCCAAGAUAACAUUUUUAACAUUGAGAAACCUCAAACAAUGGAGAGGUCGGAAUACUUCAAGGAAAUUUCUACUAUCCUAGAAAUGAAACCGACUGAAUUCGUUACUGAAAGAAAGAGAACAAAACCAUUGGAAGAGCUUCCUGUGGUUUCACCCAAUUUGCUACCUGAAAAUCUGGACGAAAAUGGGAAUCCAUUGCCUGAGGAUGAGAUCCUCAGAAGGAAAUUAAAGAAAUUUCAGUAUCAAGAUAUGAAACUAAAGAAUGUGCUUAAAAUAAAAUUAUCCGGUCUAAUGGAUCUAUUUAAAAACAGGUACAAGAGGUUUAGGAAACCAACUGUUGAUGAUUCAUUUCUUGUCCAUUUAUUUGAACCUUCGGCCGAUCCAAAUUAUCAACCAGCCUAUGUCAAACAAGGUGAUAUGAUUCUGGAAAUUGCUACGGGUAAGAAAUUUUUCAAUAUGGAUUUGGAUAUUAUUGAAGAAAGGCUGUGGAAUGGUUAUUAUUCAGAGCCAAAGCAAUUCUUGGAAGACAUUGAGCUUAUCUAUUUGGAUGCAAUGACUGUUGGAGAUAGAGAACGUGUAAUUAAGGCAUCAGAAAUGUUUGCAAAUGCUCAGAUGGGUAUUGAGGAUAUUUCAACUCCUGAACUUAUCAAAGAAUGUAAGAUAACAAGAAGGAGAGACCACGAAAGACAGCAACUGUACGCAAAACAAUUAGAACAAGAAAAGUUAACUAACAAUGUUGAGACUGCCAUAGAAGGAUUUGGUCAAGAAACAAAUGCUGAGGUUGCUCCGACAGCAGAUUUCGCUACAACCGAUAAUGUUGAUGCUAUAGGUGCAACUGAGAUCAGUACCGGUGCAGGUAGUCAAGUCCAAGCACAGCUUCAAAUAAAUCAAAAUACUGUUAUACCCGAAAAUCCAUUCAAUAACGGUCGCGAUGAGGUAGACGUAACAAAGCCGGUUGUAAUUGAAAAAGGUGAAGCCAAAUCUUCUACUGGUGUCGGCGAAAAAAAUAAUGAUAAUACUUCAGAACGAGAUAAGUUAAUUGAUAAAACAACUGAUCAAAGCCAGGUUCCAGUAGAAGAUCAAUUCGGUACUUUGAAUAGUGAAGAAACUCAUGUGGAACCAAAACCAGAAACAGCAAUAGAAAAUUCUGGAAUUAAAGAACCAGAAAUUAAUAGCGUGUCCACAACCGAGGAAUUGAAUGAGAAGCCUAAAGAACUCGCCCCUCCAAAACAAGAAGAUACGAGGAUCGUAACACUAGAUAAAACACGUCUAGACGAAGUAAUCUCGAGUUUAAUAAAGGAAACUGAUGAUUUCACCGUAACUGCACUUGAAAAUAUUUAUUCUAAAGUAAUUAGAAUCAUCUGGGAGAACAGGCAAUCAUGGGAUAAAUCGGAAACACUUGCACAUCUAGAAUCAUACAUCAGUAAGCUCAACAAAAGAGGGCAGUAA